AUGCUGCGCAAGUCAGCCCUGCCUGCCAACAAGGUCAAGACUCUGGCUCCGGCUCUGGCGGCAUACGUCGAGGCGCAUGCAAAGGACAUGGGCUUGCGGCUGCAUGCCGGCGUGCUGGGCGUGGUCGAGUCGGGCGCCGCGGGCGAUGGCCUCCCGCUGCUGGUUGUCCGCGGCCCGCCAGAGUGGGAUCCCAACGGGACUGCCGGUCUCCUUGCGCUCUUUGCCGCCGAUGACGCGCUCAAGGCGUAUGUCGACAACAUCGCGGCCUCGCGCGGUCUCUCGGGCUCGGAAGAGUAUGGCCUGUGGAUGUGUCUCUGCAAGCUGCACGCCUUUCUGGCCUCGGCGCUCGACUCGCCGGCAGCCAAGGCUUGGGGCUCCAUCGAGCUGGCGUCGUGUGAGCGGAACGCGGUGACCACCCCGCGCGUCGCCGGCUCGCUGGCCGAGCUCGGUACCCAUCUCGCCAAUCUCCGCGGCGCCUACUACGCUCGCGCCACAAACUCGGCCCGCAAGUCGGCCCGCCGCCGCCGCCGCCAGGCCUCUCCGACCACUGCUAGCACCGAUGCCGAGUCCAAGCCGCUGCGUUCCGCCACCAUGCCCCCGCCGCAGCCCGGCAGCCUACUCCCGCCGCAGCCCGGCAACCUCACUCCACCGGUCCCAGUCCCGGUCCCGGUUCAGCCGCUGCCGCGGCCGGCACAGCUACCGAGCGGCAAGCGCAAGCGCUCGAGCUCACCGGCCACGCCGACGCUGCCGGUUAAGCGCAAGGCCUCGGCGUCCAAGAGCCGCAAAACAGGACGGAAGAAGAAGCGCUCCAGCUCGCGCGGCAAGGCCUCGGCGUCGACUGUCGACGCGCUGUCAGCGGGAGACAUGCUCGAGGCCGAGGAGCAAGUCCUCUACGUGCUCGCCCUCCUCACCCGGCUCGUGCCCAUCUACGAAGCCAUGGUCGUCGAGCUCGCGGAUCGCCUCGACACUCUUGGUGCUGACCUCCCACACAUCGGCGUCGCCGACCUCGCUGUUCUUCCCAAGGUCUACACCAAGACUCGCUACGCCUUUCGCUACUGCACCGGCGUCGUCCUCCUCGCGCUCACCGUCCAUGGGCGCGUGGCGACGCCCAUCACGCUCCUUGUCAACAAGCUGACCAUCGACGACGUCGACGCUGCGGUCGCGUCUGCGCGGGCGGCACCUGACGGCGUCGGCACCAUUGUCAUCGGCACCACGCCGUCGCCUUCGCUCUGCGUCGCCCCGCUUCACGUCCUCAUCAUGCUCCAGUGGUACUACCGUUACGUCCGCCCGCUCGCACUAAUUUCUAAGCGGCUACCAGCCUCGUCGGCCAAGCUCUCGUCGAGCGACGAGUCGGCCAAAGCUGCGGCGGCGGUCGACACUGCCCGCCAUGUCUUUCCGCUCCUGGCUGUCGGCGGGCUCGAUGCCUUUCGCUCCGGCCGUGCUGCCCGCGACUGCGUCACCGACGCGCUCAAGACCGUCCAAAAGGGCUCAUUGCCGUUCCUUCCCGACAAGGCCGUCACCUUUCAGCUGUGGACUCGGCGGAUUGAGGCGUUGCUCGCCUCGCUUGACCCGCCGUACGUCCCGCAACUCCGCCCGUCGACGGGCAAGCCGGUUGUCCUCCGCAUGAGCGAGCCCGAGAUCCGCGCCGCGGCGAGAACCGACUUUGAUGCCCUCGCCGGCCUGUACGCCCGGGUCCUUGCCCCCGACCGCGGCGCGCAACUUCUGGCUCGGACCGCCGCCCGCGCCGGGCCGCCGCCGGACGAGGACAGCGUAGAACCGCCCGAGCCGCCAGCCGUCGCACAUCCGUCGCACAUGACGUCGCUCGCCACACUCUCGGGCCUCUCGGCCACUCUGCUCGCGGACCCGACGCUGACGUCGGCCGCAGCAAGAGUCGCCGCCACUGUGGUCGACCCGCGGUUCAAGACCAAGCGCGCGUCCGGCCACCGGCACUGGGCCGAGGCUGACGACGCCAUGCUCCUUGACGCACUCCGUGCCCGCUCCAUCACCACUGCCCAGCCCGACGUUCUCAUCCCUUGGAACGAGAUCGCCGCUGAGCUCGCCGGAAAGCUUGUGCCCGCGCGCUCAGCCUCGUCGAUGAAGGCCCGCUUCCACAACCUAUGCAAAAAGGCGGCCGCCACAGUCAAGGCCGCGCUUGCCCGCAAGAUCGAGCCGCCACCGCCGGCACCAAAGUCUCCGCUUCAUCCGCCGCCUCCAGUUGCCGCUGCCGACCCACCGCCUCCGCGACCAGUCUCGCCAGAGCUGCCUCGCCAGCCGUCCCCGCCCGCCCGCCCUCUUGCACCGGUCUCUAAUCGCCCCAUUGCCGUUGCUAGCAUCGCGCCACACGACGGCGCAAGCCGGCAGAUUGGAGAUCUGCAUCUCCGCCCAGCGCUUGCUGUUGGGACUCCUGUCGCUGGCACCGCUGUUUCCCGCGUGAGCCACCCCAGUCACCACAGAUGUCGCGUCGGAAGUGGUAGCGAUGGCGGCGGCGACGACGAUGACGGCGACGCUGACGACGACGAUGACGACGACGAAGACGAGGAGAUCUCAGUCGUCGACGUCGUUUCGACGUCGGCGCCCAGACUCGCGCCAAUGGCCAUGCCGCUCAGCCUCGACCUCGCGCCCCCACAUCCAGUGCCGAUGCCACUUGCCGAGCCGCCUGUGGUCCCCGCACCUGCGCCUGCACCUGCGCCUGCACCUGCACCUGCGCCUGCGCCCGCACCCGUUGCCGCCGCUGUUCCGGCGCCGGUGUCUGCACCCGCACCCGCACCAGCCGCCGUCUCGCGCCUCGCGGACGCCCAAGACGUAUCACGCAAGCGCCCGCGCGAGUCAGAAGCACUGCUACAGGUCGCCCAAGUCGGGCAGCCACCGUCGCUCGGAUCGCCGCUGGUCUCGACCGGCCCGCCGCUCAAGAAGUUCAAGGUGGGCGUGGCGCGGACGGCGCCGCCGCCUCCGGUCAGCACGAGCAUCGAGUUUGCCGAUGAGGACGAGGAUGACGAAGAUGAGGACAUCGAUGUGGUCGGCAUUUAA